GAUAGACUUUCUGGAUGAGGCGCGCCAAAACCUCUCUGCAACGUCCAACCUCCAUUCAUGGCGUUCCCUUUAUCUUCAGCCAUUAUCUAUCACAAGCUCUCUCUCCAUGUCUUUAUCCCUCCCUCCGUUCCAAAGCGAGUGUCUCUCUCUACCCACUUCACAGUUUGUUCCAAUCGAAUGCUUAGCAAAGACCCAGCAAGAAAAGGCCGCUCCAGAAUUCUUUGCUUUUCCAAGAGAAAAUUUUCCGAGGAAGUGGCAGAAAGGCAUGAUUUUCCUGCAAACUUCUACAUGUCAAUAUGCAGAUUUGGACUGAAGAAGCUUGAAAAUCUGAUUGUUGUAAUCCUUAUAUGGGUUCAAAUUUCUUCUCCACUUCCUUUGUUUGGUUGGGACUCUUUUUCUAUAUCUCCUGCAAGGGCAGUUCUUUAUUCUCCAGAUACCAAGGUUCCAAGAACUGGAGAACUUGCUUUGAGGAAGGCCAUCCCUGCAAAUACAAACAUGAAGGCUAUUCAGGAUUCUCUGGAGGAUAUCUCUUACCUGCUGAGGAUUCCACAGAGAAAGCCAUAUGGAACUAUGGAAGGAAAUGUGAAGAAAGCUUUGAAGAUAGCGGUGGAUGAAAAGGAUUCUGUUUUGGCGAGUCUACCAGUCGACCUGAAGGAAAAGGGUUCCACAUUAUAUGCAUCGCUUAUUGAUGGGAAGGGUGGAUUGCAAGCCCUUCUUGUAUCUAUAAAGGACCAGGACCCAGAUAAAGUAUCAUUAGGCCUGGCAUCUUCACUUGAUACUGUUGCAGAGCUGGAGUUGUUGCAGGCUCCAGGCUUGUCAUUUUUAUUGCCCGGGCAGUACUUGAAAUAUCCAAGGCUUACUGGGAGAGGAAUUGUUGAAUUUACAAUUGAGAAAGGAGAUGGUUCAACAUUUUCUCCAGAAGCUAGUGGUGAACCAAGAAAGACUGCCACAAUUCAGGUUGUUGUAGAUGGAUAUUCAGCACCAUUAACGGCAGGGAAUUUCGCAAAGCUGGUAAUUGAUGGGACAUAUGACGGGGCAAAACUUAGCCGUACCGACCAAGCUGUUCUUUCGGAUAAUGGGCUCGACAAGAAUAACGGUUACAGUGUUCCUUUAGAGAUAAAGCCAUCUGGGCAAUUUGAGCCCUUGUACAGAACAACAUUAAAUGUGCAGGAUGGAGAACUGCCAGUUCUUCCGCUCUCUGUUUAUGGGGCGGUUGCAAUGGCACAUAGUGAAGUCUCUGAGGAUUGCUCAUCGCCAUAUCAGUUUUUCUUCUAUCUUUAUGAUAAAAGAAAUGCUGGCUUGGGAGGGUUGUCAUUUGAUGAAGGUCAAUUUUCAGUGUUUGGUGUCAAUAAACAGAUACACAACUGUUGGGAGAGACAUUCUUCCACAGAUAAAAACUGGAGAUGUUAUUCGAUCAGCAAAGCUGGUAGAAGGUCAAGAUCGCCUCAUAUUGCCAAAUGAGAGUUGAUCUGUUCUCUUUCCAAGCGUGAUGCUUUUCAUUCUUUGUUCGUUGUAGUAGCUACAUUUUAAAUGUCAUCAGUCUGAUCUUAUUGCUGCAGGUUGGCCCGUCAAAUUUCUCAGCGUUAGUUUUUGUUUGCAGUUUUGUCGAUAGUUUAAGUUCAGAAGUCUGUAUUGAAAUUUGUAAUAUCUUCCCAAAACUGGAAACUGUUUUACUGAUCCUUGUACUUCUAUUGAUUGAUACACUCGAUGUGUUAUGGCCUUUUUAGUAACUAAAUAUGGAUCAAUCUUUUUUCUUUAUA